ACUACAAUCCCACUGCCAUUAAGUGAUGAAGUGCUCGCUGAAUUUCCUACCGCAUAUUGCAUCGAAAUGAUUUCUUAAUGCUUUUUUUUCACAAGUAAAAACUACAGAUGUCCACGACUGGUACUGUCUGGAAGAUAAACUAUAAUAAUCCACCCCUGGAUAUUGUACCAAUAUAUUAUUAUUAUUAUUAUUAUUAUUAGUUGCUGUCACUGGGUGACUAUUUCAUCAGAUUUACGUUAGAAUCAAAUUUGUAGAUCAUCCCUACAAGUGAUCCUACUGUACUGACUUGGAGUCGUUCUUCUGGUUUUCAAAAUCGAACCAUAACAGAACUUGACGAAAGUUGGUCGGUUUAAUUAUUUGUAGUACUAUUUUUUUUUUAAAUGUAAAACCAAAGUACGUUACAUCUUUGGUUUUAAUGAAGACACUGGUAAGAUAAAGUUAUCGUGUGCGGUGGAGACGCUACAUGACCUACAAGUAGUUAUUAACACCAGCAACCGAGGCGAGUUAUAAUAUUUAGAAAUGUUAAAAUUUGGAAGAACACGGUCUCCCUUAAUUGGAGAAGGUGGUGCGAGAGGUAUUUCGUUAAUCUGCGGGACUCAAUUGGCUGGCAGAAGUGGUGAUCACAAAUUGUACUUGGAUUUUCCUGAAGACGACGAUGUUCAGUUUGACACCUCGGAUUUGCCUGACGAAUGUGAGGUUGUGAUGGGCACCAAGAAGUAUCCCUCGAUGGCGGAGCUCAGUGCAGCGAUUCCAAACCAGCUCCUCCUGGGGUCUCUGCUGGAACACCUGUGCAGCGUCUAUGAGAAAGACCCACAUCGCUCACGAGUUCUCUUUAAAGAGAUAUGUCAUAAAAUGGUUGCAAUGGACUUGAUUUCUCCUUAUGCAUUCAACGACGAGUUCAGUACUGUAAGGCUGCAGCACAACCAAGCUUUUGCAGAGCUACUCCAAGCAGCAAGCCGCACACUGCAUCCACAGGAACUGAGACUCACUGAGGCAGAUUCCCAUACGUUGAGGAAUAAAGACAGACUUUUCAAAGCACAGACAUCUCGAUACCUCAGUGAGUUUGAAGAGAUUGUCAAGAUUGGGAAAGGAAGCUAUGGGAAAGUAUUUAAGGUAAAAAACAAGCUGGACGGUCAGUUUUACGCGGUGAAGAAGGUUAUUAUCAGGAAAGCUACAAGGGACGACUGUGUAAAGGUUCUCAGAGAAGUUAAAGUCCUGGCUGGUCUUCAGCAUGCUAAUAUUGUGGGGUAUCAUACAGCCUGGAUGGAGCAUGUUAAACCACUGCUGGUAACAGCGUCGUCGUCCUGUUCUCAUAAGUUGCCAGCACUGGAGAAGCCUUCAGAGCAAGAAGAUGUGGAAAGUUGCAGCUCUUCUAUAGUCUUCGCCAACUCCAGCGCUUCAGCUGGCGCUGAAGAAGCACUACCCAAACUAGACUGGCCACGGGCCAGUUCACAGGGUCCCUCAGCAUCUCGGAGGGUCAACGGGUCCCUAGAGGAGAAGCUUGGCCUCCUGAGUUUAUCUGGACGCUGUCGUAAAGGAUUGAUGGAGUCCGAGGAGAUGAUUCCUUGUGCGUACAUUGGGUCUCCCAGGACUGAAGCAUUCGAUGCAGACAGGAGCUCGGGUGGGUCUGUGCACACAGACUGGGGAGACUGGAUCAAUAACAGCUGCAGAGGGAGCGACAGCCAGCUCUGGAGCGAACAGUGCCCACAGAAGGACAGGCGUCUACACAGAUACUCGGAGGUGCAGUUCCACCUCAUGCUAUACAUGCAGAUGCAGCUCUGUGAGAUCUCUCUGCGGGACUGGAUUUUAAACAGAAACAUGGGGCCAAGAGAAAACUCUGCUACUAAAGAUCCCUACUGCCUUGUUGAUGCUGAACGCACAAUAAGCAUCUUUCAUGAAAUACUGAAAGGUGUAGAUUACAUUCACUCCAGGGGAGUCAUGCACAGAGACUUAAAGCCGAGAAACAUUUUCCUUCAUGGACACGACUGCCAUGUCCGUAUUGGUGAUUUCGGGCUUGCUUGCAGAGAUAUGAUCAUUGAAGAUAACGAACAGCUGUCUCCAACUACAGAGACCAGCGGUUCUGCACAUACCUCGGGCGUUGGAACUUACGUUUAUGCUGCACCGGAACAGCUUGAAGGAUCCUAUUACGACUCAAAGUCUGAUAUGUACAGCGUGGGCAUUCUGGCUCUGGAGCUGUUCCUUCCUUUUGGAACAGAGAUGGAGAGGGUGAAGACCCUGACUGCACUCCGGGAGGGGAGGAUUCCCGGCUCCUUCACUCAGCAGUGGCCUGUUCUCACUAAACACAUCAAGCUGCUGAUCAGCAAGGCGCCUUCCUGCAGACCGAGUGCAGCACAGCUGCUGCAGAGCGAACUCUUUCACCACACAGAAGAGGUUAUUCUUAAUUUGCAAAGGAAAGUAGAAGAACAGAGAGAAGAAAUUGUGAAGCUGAAGGAACAGAUCAGUCUGCUUCAGAAAGGCCAGGGACAAUUGGACAAGACUACUUAAAAGCUGCAUGAAUCGAAUGUAUGGCACUGUGAAAUAGGCUUUUUACAAUUUCAAGCAGUAAAAAUCUAUUGCAAAAUAUUUAAUUAUUAUAUUCAGGUUUUUUUUAUGCUUGUACUGUAUUCCUAGCUGUAAAGAGCUUCAAAUAAACAUAGAGGGGUAUUUGGAAUUUACUAGAACACCCU